AUGAGGAACGUGCUUGAAGUCAGCCCCGAGUCUCUCGGGCUUCUUUGUCAACACUCAGCUCUCUCUUCUUCCCUUUCCGCUAAUUUUGAAGAGGGCAAACACCAUGCGGAAAACGAUCUAUUCCGUGUAUUCGGCAGCUCUGUCAAAGACGUAGCCUCUACUACCUCAUUCCACACACUUUCGCAGAGGAGGGCGGCGGGAUCCGCUUUCCUGCUGGUUCACGAUUUGAGCCCUGAUGCUAUCAACACAGAGCUCACCGACAAGGGUCAAGCCCUCCCCAACCCCUCUUCCGCUGUGACCUUUCCCGCCUCUUGGUCGGUGGCGACUUCUCACUCUACUUCUGCUGCAGCUGCUGUCCAUGGUCUUCACCCAAGCUUGUUCGACCCUUCUAGCUCCACGCCACCCGCUGUCCCUGACACUCCCAGUAAGAAGCGCAAGAGAGACCCCGACGAUGACGGCGAGCAGCUCCGAAGCCUUCUCGAGCGAUCUGCAGCUACUCCUGAGGCCCACUUCCUUCUUGGAACUCCCUUCUCCUCUGCUGGAUGGCACGACGACGUGCCAGGUGAAGGCGAGGAAUUUGAACUGCCCAUGAUUCCCUUCCGCGGCCCCUCGAAUAAGUGGCCUUCUCAGGAAUACUCCAUCUUUGAGCAACAGUCUGGAGGGAUCUUUGACAAGGUUGACAGGAAGGGCAAGGGCAAGGCUAAAGAGGCUGGUCCUCCCUCUCCGGCUCCAGCAGCUUCUGCUUCCCCUAUCCAGACCAUCAACAGCCUCGAAAUGGAUGCCGACUAUCUUACUUCCAAAUUCAACAAGAUGGGUCUGGAGGGUCAACGUUCUGAUGGACUGGUCAGAUACGAGGGUGAGGGCGAGGCGAAUUCCAGCAAGGUCACGUUGGAAGUGUUGGACGAGAGGGAUGGCUGUCGAGUGAGGGGUAUGUCAAGGAAAGAGAAGACUGGAUAA